AUGGCCACCGCUGAUUUUGUGCAACAUGAUUACAUAUUUAAGUUACUCUUAGUCGGUGAUUCGGGAGUUGGAAAAUCAUGUCUGCUGCUGCGAUUCGUGAAAAUUCGCACAGUUGACUUGGAUGGUCACCAUAUCAAACUGCAGAUUUGGGAUACGGCUGGUCAGGAACGUUUUCGAACGAUGACGGUCGCAUAUUACAGAGGAGCCCAUGGGAUUAUUCUAGUCUAUGAUGUUACCUCUGAGGAGAGUUUCCGCAAUCUGAGCUUGUGGAUGGAGGAAAUCAAACGGCACGCACGUAGUGAUGUCAUCAAAAUCCUCGUCGGGAACAAGUCGGACUUGGAGGAUAACCGAAAGAUCGCCUACGAGCAAGGCGCGGAGUUCGCGAAUCUUCAUGGUCUGCACUUUUUCGAGACCAGCGCAAAGAGCUCUUCCCAGGUAGAGGAGGCCUUCUUCUCCAUGGCCGAACAACUCCUUAGAUCCUUCCGGCAGCAGCGUCAACAGCAACUCCAGCAACAACGGUCGGAGUCCAUUGUCAUUACGCACACGGAACCCGUCAAGGCGAGUUCUCAGUCAACCGUGAUAAUUCUGCAAACUGCUCGCAUUCAAUCCAAGCGACGAGUGGCAGAGCUGUGUAUGUCAGCGUUCACCUGUCGGUAUGCACGUAAACUUGACCUCCAGCGGGGUGGAGUGGCUGAGAAUCUUCUGCGUUUGUGUUAUCAUUUUGAAUCUAACUAA